AUGUUUGUAAGCAAUGCUGCUGCCAUCCAGAAGAAAUUGGUGAUUGUCGGAGAUGGAGCCUGUGGCAAGACUUGCUUGCUCAUCAUUUUUAACAAGGACCAGUUUCCAGAGAUAUAUGUAUCUACAGUGUUUUAGAACUAUGUGGCAGUUGAAGUGGUUGGACAGCAGGUAGAGUUGGCUUUGUGGGACACAGUAGGGCAGGAAGAUUAUGAUCACUCGAGGCCCCUCUCCUAUCCUGACACUGAUGUUAUACUAAUGUGUUUCUCCAUUGACAGCCCUGAUACUUUAAAAAACAUCCCAGAAAAAUGGACUCCAGAUGUGAAACAUUUCUGUCCCAGUGUGCCCAUCAUCUUGGUUGGGAACAGAAAGGAUCUUCAGAAUAAUGAGCACGCGAGGCAGGAGCUAGCCAAGAUGAAGCAGGAGCCAGUAAAAUGGGAAGAAGGCAGAGAUAUGGCAAACAGGAUUGGCGCUUUUGGGUACAUGGAGUGUUCAGCAAAGACCAAAGGUGGAGUGAGGGAGGUUUCUGAAAUGGCCAUGAGAACUGUUCAGCAAACCAGAUGUGGGAAGAAAAAAGUCUAG